AGUGUGAGAUCUACGUUUACGCAGGUAGCGCAUCUUUUCACUCACGUGAACGUGCCAGAACAGUGCAGCGUCUGCGCAGUUACUGAUCAUUUCGACGGUCUGUUAUGUAUGUGUUAUGAGACGAAUUUUAUAAGGUGUCUCUGGAUGACAUUUGUGGUCCAACCAGACUUGCACGAUCAUUGGGGUGGCAGAGCUGCGAGACCACUUCGUCUGUACCCAAAGAGGACCGCUGCUAAUUAGUGAACUAGCUAGUAACGUUACUAGCUGACCAAUUCAUACGAUGUUUCCAGCUAGCAGAUAUUCAAUUCAAGGUAAGUUAGCUAGCUAUGCACACGCGUGUCAAUUUCCAUGUUCUCUCUCUUGCCUUUUGACACAUAUGGCCCCCCUAAUUUGUCAAUGGUAGUUAUCUAAAAUAACUAGCUAUAAUUUGAGGGUGGCAUGCACUAAGAUUUUCAUAGUAAGAUGGGUGACAUUAGCUUUGUGAAAUCUUGAAAUGCUAGCUAGCUAGCUAGCAAAACUAAAUGUAGGGCAAAGUUGAAAUCAAAAUAUAGGUCACAUGAACGACUGUCCUUGGGUCCGAAUGUUAUUUUAGUACGUGUAAACGAAGAUAAAUUGGUAGCUACGUUUCCUCUUACAGUGUGUUUUGAACCACUUAGAAUAAUAUCAAAAUAUGCACUUUUUAAAGUAAUUGGCUGGCUGGCUAGCUAGCUAGCUUUGUAGCUUGCUAUAGUUAGUUCAACCAAUAGAGGCCAAGUCUUUGAGUGCAUGCAUCCAAAGAUUCAGCGGGACAGUUCAUGGCUUGAUCAGAGGAAGGUGGUCAUGGAGAUGGUUGAUGAAGAGUCUGUUGAGGAUCAUGUAACGUUAGAGGGGUAGUCUUAAAAAAUAUAUAUAUAUAUUUUUUCUACUAAUUUGUUACUACUAUAUGUGAUAACUUAUCUGGCUGACAAUCGCAGCAAAGAGAGUGCCUAUUGACAAGUGCACAUGCCCAUACAAAUAUUUCACAGGCUGCUAGGCAGAAGAAUAGUAAGACAUUCAGUUGCAGUGUAUUAUACAGUUCUGCUGUAUACUCCAAUAAACACUCCCAUAAUGACGUGAGUCAUUAAGAUAGCUGUAAACAAAGUCAUGAUAACUUGUUACUUCUCUCCUUCAGUUGUGUGAUCCAUCAUAACCAGUGACAUGAAUUACACAGGCCACCAUGAGUGUACUUAUGACUGUGUGAUUGUUAGUACUGUGCAUAAGAUAACUUGUGUAAUGUAGGAUCUAACUUAAUCAGCUUCCUUGCUAGUCCAAGUCGGCACUGACUGAAUCGGCCUUGUUCUUUGCAGCCCAGAGGUGUAUAAGAGCGUUGAAAACAGUGCAAGCAGAACGUGCACCUCCACAGCUCUACACAUGGAGACGGAAUUGCUCGUCUGCAGUGACGCCUCGCAUAACAUCACACUACACAAUCUGCCCUAGGGACAAAGACCCGCGAUGGGAAGGUACAUAACAUCACACUACACAAUCUGCCCCAGGGACAAAGACCCGUGAUGGGAAGGUACAUAACAUCACACUACACAAUCCACCCCAGGGACAAAGCCCCGUGAUGGGAAGGUACAUAACAUUACACUACACAAUCUGCUCCAGGGACAAAGCCCCGCGAUGGGAAGGUACAUAACAUCACACUACACAAUCUGCCCCAGGGACAAAUACCCGCGAUAAGGGUAAUCCUCCUCAUCUAUGGCACACCUCCUCAUCUAUGGCACACUGUCUGAAAUGAAAUGUAUUGCAUUAUGCAACACCCAAACACCUUUGUUUUUCUCACCUUAUCUCACGAAAACGUUUAACUCAUCUCAUAUGUGAGUGACUGGGGAAUUUAUUAGACUUAUGUCUUCCUAAAACAAACAUUUGUCCUUCAGUGUUCAUCUAUAGUAUACUAUUGUAAAUUAACUCUGUCAGCACUACACGUUUCCACUUUUGACAUUAGAUAGUACUACAUACUGCUAAUCAUUCCAGUUUGUCUUAUAGAGGCUUGUGUAACCUUGCCCAAGACCUAAAGACUUGUGUUAGCACCCCCAAGCUAAUGACUGUAGCUGUAGCUCAGUGGGCUAACACAGUCCUGUGCUCAGACGACCCAGGUUCCAAACCCAGUUGGUGACAUACCUAUUUGUGUGUGGUGUUUUGUCUCUAUCCAGGUGUGGAGAUGGAGCGGUUUGCAGACGAGGCUGAUGUGGUGAUAGUGGGCGGGGGUCCCGCGGGGCUGUCGGCAGCCAUCCGGCUGAAGCAGCUAGCCAACGAGCAGGAGAAGGAGCUGCGUGUCUGCCUGGUGGAGAAGGCCUCUCAGAUUGGAGCACACACUCUCUCCGGGGCCUGCCUGGAGCCCAGCGCCCUCAACGAGCUCUUUCCAGACUGGAAGGAGAGAGGGGUAUGUUAUGUUAAUGUGCAUGGCUUAAGACUUAACUUUUUCCACUGGUGGCACUGGUGUUACCAACUUUUUAAGUUGAUGGCACCAGCACAUGAUUUGGUCGCACCAAGUCUUCAGGUCUUCAAAGCUCGAUAAUGACCUGUGUCCCAUAAUGUACCAGCAUUCCAUACAGAACCAGGCGAAUAAUGACUAGCCAUCUUUUAAAUUAGCAUGCCCUUGCAGUGCUUGACAUUUGGGUAAAUUUGUUAGUGGCACACCGGGCUAGUGCCAACUGAAUGCUACUGGCCUGUGAAAGUGGAUGAUGCGCAUGUUAUCUGUAAUUUGCGUGCUGACCAAGUAGCCUAUAAUGACUUACCCUCCAUACACAAAUAAUUACAUUUUAACUUGACAAUAUGAUAUUUACAUUGAUUGUUUGGGAAAGAAAGAAAAAAACAUUUGCGCAAUCUCAUAAAGGGUGUUAUUGUUAGCGAUUUUGAACAGUCACUCUACAGUUGUAGGGCCCUAUAAAAUCAGUUUUAUAUUUUGGUAAAUUCUGUUUUCCCAGUUUUAUUUUUGCCGGUUUCUGAGUUUUCCACAUUUUGUUUUAGGUUUUCACUCACAAAAAAUACAAAAAUGUAAUGUUCUAAGUCCACAACAAUGCUUAAACCACAUCAGGAGACCACUUUUGAGGUCUGGGAACAAUCCAAAAAUAAAUCUAUACAUCUACAUUAUAAAAAAAAUAUUUAUUUUUUAGUGGCGGCCACGAUUUAUCAGCGGUGGUGCGCUGCUGCUAAAUGCGUGUAGGGGAAAAACUGAAAUGCCCUCACAAAUAAAAAUGUAUUUGUCACAUGCGCCGAAUACAACAGGUGUAGACCUUACUGUGAAAUGCUUACUUAGAAGCCCUUAACCAACAAUGCUUACUGUGAAAUGCUUACUUAGAAGCCCUUAACCAACAAUGCAGUUCAAUAAAUAAAUUAAAGUAAAAAAUACAAUCAGAGGCUGUGUCAGUAGGUCUGUUGGAAAUGUUACAAUGUCAUUCAGAGGAAAGGAGCAUCUUCUCACUGAGCUUACUCUGAAGGAGUUUCUUUCCACUGAGAGAAAUUACAAUGAAAUUGUCCACAUCUCUGCUCUCUAUUAUUGAAGUGUUCAGCACAUCAGCCUUAGAAAGACUGGGAGGGAUAUGCAGCAUAUGCUCAAUUCACAGACAUCUUGUGUUAGACGGAUACACACAGAAUAUGGACCUGGCAUUUUCUUGGUCUUUUUUCAUUCUUAGACAGAACUAUCACAGUCCUAGACAACACAUGUAAAUGUAAAAUGUAACACAAUGAUACUGUCCAUUGGAAUGUCUUGCAAGCAACACAGGCUAAAGAUAAAGUGCUAAUGUUGUUUUUGUACUCUUCCCUUAGGCACCCUUGAACACUCCAGUGACUGAGGAUGUGUUUAGCCUUCUAACUGAGAAAUACAGAAUCCCUGUCCCAAUGUUGCCAGGUAAAGUCACAUGCAACUCUAGCUUGUCACCUGUAAGCUCUGUCCUAAACAUACAGCUACAGUGAGGGAAAAAAGUAUUUGAUCUCCUGCUGAUUUUGUACGUUUGCCCACUGACAAAGAAAUGAUCAGUCUAUAAUUUUAAUGGUAGGUUUAUUUGAACAGUGAGAGACAGAAUAACAACAACAAAAUCCAGAAAAACGCAUGGCAAAAAUGUUAUGAAUUGAUUUGCAUUUUAAUGAGGGAAAUAAGUAUUUGACCCCUCUGCAAAACAUGACUUAGUAUUUGGGUUGGCAACUCGAACCUUCAGCUCCCUCCACAGAUUUUCUAUGGGAUUAAGGUCUGGCUAGGCCACUCCAGGACCUUAAUGUGCUUCUUCUUGAGCCACUCCUUUGUUGCCUUGGCCGUGUGUUUUGGGUCAUUGUCAUGCUGGAAUACCCAUCCACGACCCAUUUUCAAUGCCCUGGCUGAAGGAAGGAGGUUCUCACCCAAGAUUUGACGGUACAUGGCGCCGUCCAUUGUCCCUUUGAUGCGGUGAAGUUGUCCUGUCCCCUUAGCAGAAAAACACCCCCAAAGCAUAAUGUUUCCUCCUCCUCCAAACACGGCGAGUUGAGUUGAUGCAAAAGACCUCGAUUUUGGUCUCAUCUGACCACAACACUUUCACCCAGUUCUCCUCUGAAUCAUUCAGAUGUUCAUUGGCAAACUUCAGACGGGCCUGUAUAUGCGCUUUCUUGAGCUGGGGGACCUUGCAGGCGCUGCAGGAUUUCAGUCCUUCACGGCGUAGUGUGUUACCAAUUGUUUUCUUGGUGACUAUGGUCCCAGCUGCCUUGAUCAUUGACAAGAUCCUCCCGUGUAGUUCUGGGCUGAUUCCUCACCGUUCUCAUGAUCAUUGCAACUCCACGAGGUGAUAUCUUGCAUGGAGCCCCAGGCCGAGGGAGAUUGACAGUUAUUAUGUGUUUCUUCCAUUUGCGAAUAAUCGCACCAACUGUUGUCACCUUCUCACCAAGCUGCUUGGCGAUGGUCUUGUAGCCCAUUCCAGCCUUGUGUAGGUCUACAAUCUUGUCCCUGACAUCCUUGGAGAGCUCUUUGGUCUUGGCCAUGGUGGAGAGUUUGGAAUCUGAUUGAUUGCUUCUGUGGACAGGUGUCUUUUAUACAGGUAACAAAUUGAGAUUAGGAGCACUCCCUUUAAGAGUGUGCUCCUAAUCUCAGCUCGUUACCUGUAUAAAAGACACCUGGGAGCCAGAAAUCUUUCUGAUUGAGAGGGGGUCAAAUACUUAUUUCCCUCAUUAACAAAUAAACCUACCAUUAAAAUUAUAGACUGAUCAUUUCUUUGUCAGUGGGCAAACGUACAAAAUCAGCAGGGGAUCAAAUACUUUUUUCCCUCACUGUAUUAUGGUAUUACCCUUGACUGUGCAGUCUGUGUUUUUCAUUCUAUUUAAUUUUUGGAUUUUCCCAUAGGUCUGCCCAUGAACAACCAUGGGAACUACAUUGUGCGGCUGGGCCACUUUGUGCGUUGGUUGGGAGAGCAGGCUGAGGAGCUGGGAGUGGAGAUAUACCCCGGCUACGCUGCUGCUGAGGUGAGCCCCGCCCACCCUCUACCUUUCUCACAUUUAAGAAAACACAGGCCAUCUUACUAAUGUAGGCGUGACAAUUACUGUUGACAAGCUACAUUGAUAUUUCCUUGAACGUCAGAUUUUUCUCAGUAAACAUUUACAUAAUUGGAUGCCGUUGUCCGGAUAUAGGCUGUGAUAUCUUUGAGGCGUUUUCAUGCCUGAGAUCGAUAACUGAUUUCACUGCGAUGUGUUGACGGGUCGUGACUUGCUUUCAUUGAUCGUGUUUGCUUGAGGUGGCAUUCUACUUUCAAAGUGUUUAAUUUCUGAUUGUGUUUUUUAGGUUUUGUUUCAUGAAGAUGGAAGUGUGAAAGGAAUUGCCACCAAUGAUGUGGGCAUCGCUAAGGAUGGUUCGCCAAAGGUAAACUUCUGCAGUACAGUCACUUAUCCACCAAUGUGAAGUAUACCGUAUGACUUUGGAAGUAUAAUAUAAUAUGCCAUUUCGCAGACGCUUUUGUCCUAAGCAACUUAGUCAUGUGUGCAUACAUUUUUACGUAUGGGUGGUCCCGGGGAUCGAACCAACUACCCUGGCGUUACAAGCGCCAUGCUCUACCAAUUGAGCUACAGAGGACCACUAUAGAGUUGGACUGUAAAAACUGCAAGUUUUAUAAAAACAAGGAAAAAACAGCACUGAAUAUAGUAUUUAAACUCAUGCAAUGAAUGAAAAUGACAAGUAGCCUCAUCCCUGGUGUAUCAGAAUAACAUGCUCCUCUUCAUUGCCUCUGCAGGACGUGUUUGAGAGGGGGAUGGAACUCCAUGCUAAAGUGACCCUGUUCGGAGAGGGCUGCCACGGCCACUUGGCCAAGCAGCUCUACAGGCAGUUCAACCUCAGGGAGAACUGUGAACCACAGACCUACGCCAUUGGCCUAAAAGAGGUAACUCCCCCUGCCCCCUCAAAUCCUAAAGCUCCUAUCGGUUGAGAAAUAGUGUCUCUGUAUUUGGGCAGAAUUAAAUAAAUACUCUACAAUCUGUUCUCUGUUUUUAACCAGUCAUCCAUUACAGAUUGAAAGGGUCCAUUUAUUUAUUAUAAUUUGUAGUAGCUAUUAUUUCUAAAUGGAUCCAAAUCAGAAUGGCAUAUUGAUUACAUUUUACAUUUGAGUCAUUUAGCAGAUGCUUUUAUGCAGAACGACUUCCAUGAAUGGUGUUAUUUUUCUGUCUAACCAGGUGUGGCUGAUUGAUGAGAAGAAGUGGAGACCGGGCAGAGUGGAGCAUUCCGUGGGCUGGCCGCUGAACAGGAACACGUACGGCGGCUCCUUCCUCUACCACCUGAACGAGGGCGAGCCAUUGGUGGCCUUGGGCUUUGUGGUGAGUCCCUGUUAUAAUAAUAAUAAUAAUAAUAAUAAUAAUAAUAAUUGGUCAUUUAGCAGACGCUCUUAUCCAGAGCGACUUACAGGAGCAAUUAGGGUUAAGUGCCUUGCUCAAGGGCACAUCGACAGAUGUUUCACCUAGUCGGCUUGGGGAUUAGAACCAGCGACCUUUCGGUUACUGGCACAACGCUCUUAACCACUAAGCUACCUGCCGCCCAUAUAUGGCGGCCAUAUUGGCUCCUUGAUGCCAUUAAUGUCAACAGUCAAACUACUAGACAUGCUAACACUUGGAAACGGUCUAAACUCUAAAUGAAAUAACCUUUGUACAACUGAGGUCAGUGAAUGUCAAUGUACUAUACUUCUACCCUUCUCUUUAUCUUAUUGGCCUUUUUAAGGGGAUGCGUGUCAGUUUAUCAUGUGAAUCUUAAUUAGGCCUAAAAGAACAAGUUGGGAUUAGGGCUGUUACAGUGACCAUAUUACCACCACACCGGCAGUCAUGAGUCAUGACCGCAGUCAAAUUCCACGUGACCGUUGAGUCACAGUAAUCUCCUUUUAUGCACUCUGGACAUGCAUUGGUAUGGUACCCAACUCGCUAUGAUACCCAACUCGCUAAACCAUCAAGUUGCUAAUGGUCUGGUACUCAGCGUUCUAUUGUCCCUCAAACCACUCUGACAUCAAUGCAAAUGCCUUCCAAAAUCAUAUCAAACACAGCAUUAAAAAAACAGUAUCAUGCUUUUAAAACUUUCAGUUAGGCUACAUUGUUUGUCCUCACUGUGAUCAAUGAAUUUGAAGAAAGAUGUUCAACAACAGGUUGAAACUGAGUGGAAAACAUGGUCGUUGUUGUGGAUGUUGUUUCAAAGGCCAAACACAACGAAAUGGACGGCGCUUUCUAAGGUGAUGAUUAAUUCAAAUAGUUUAAUACGUAGCAUGUAGAACACACAUUAGAGCUUAUGCAGACACAUAGGCCUAUACAGUGCCUUCAGAAAAUAUUCACAAUUUAUAUAAAUCAGAGUUAAACAACAGUUGGACGGAUCCUAUAGCCUUCUUACUCUCAACAGCUCAGAAGCAACUAUCAGCAGACAAAAAAAUUAUCACUAAAAACAGAGAUCACCCAAGAAGAAAUAUUAGAUACUGUUAAAACAUUCGCACGGAGAAAAGCACCAGGAAUGGAUGGCUUUCCCAUAGAAUUCUAUUCAACAUUUUGGGACAAAGUAGCCCCCCAUUUAUACAAAUGACAACACACGUCAUUCAAUUCAGUGCUUCCUAGUUCUAUGUAUCAAAUAGUUAUUUAAGUUAUAUUAAAACCAGAAAGAUCUGGAGUCCCCUGCUGAUUAUAGACUGCUAAGUUUAAUAAAUUGUGACAAUAAAAUAAUAACAAAGCUUAUAAUCAAUAGAAUGGCAAAAGUCUUACCAGACUUGAUACAUAUCAAUCAAACAGGGUUUAUUAAAAAUGGACACAACAAAUACAAGAACAUGUUUCAGUUUAAUACAAUACGCAAAAAAACAAGCUAUAGAUUGAUCAAUAAUGGCUGUGGAUGGCGAAAAGGCGUUCAACCAUCUUGAAUGGCCUUUCCUAGUCAACUUUGGAAGCUUUCAACUUUCCAGCUGAAAUAAUACAUUUAAUAAAAAUAUUGUACUGACCAAUGUAGAUUAAUUUCAAAUACAUGCACCUUAAAAGUUACAUACCACAAAAUCUUGAUUUGAAAUAUUUUGGGCAUCAGAGCAACCUUGAGGGAAUCUUAUUUGAGUCAGAAAUGGAUGUUCAUAUGAUAGAGAAGAUGUAUAAAACCUUGCAGAGAGCAUAUCCAACUGGCAAUCUGUUAGAAAAAAUAUAUAAACUAUUGGAACCAAGACUUAAAAAGAACUGAUGUUGGCACAAGAUGGAAGAAAGUUGGAGCAUAACUAAUGAAAUUACAGUUAAUGAAAAUGUAUACUUAAACUAAUGUAUAGAAUUUAUUACACGAGACAAAAUUCACAAAUUCUACAGCACAACGGCAGAGUCAUGACUUAAGUGUAAAACUAAUAAUGACUCAAUAACCUAUGCUUUCUGGGAAUGCUAUAAAGUCCGGAAGUUGUGGGCGGAGCUAGAAAGCUGGCUGUCAGAGGUAUUACAAUGUAAACUUACCUUUAAUCCGUCUGUCUGCAUAUUUCAAGACAUGGCAUAUGGGGGUGAGAUACCCAAUGGGCUGGACGAUUCUCUUCUCAUCACUCAUCUUGAAAAAAUGUAUACUAAAAACUUGUAAGUCAAUCAAUCCGCCAUCAUUGACACAAUGGAAAAAUCUAAUGGUUUAUUAUUGAAAUAGCAUGGGCGACCAUACAAUUAUAAGGCCAAGUGGCAAACAAUAAUUCAGGCACUAGAGAUGGCGGUCUGUACAGAUUAUAUGUAGUCAGAUGAUGAGAUGUAGUCUGUUUGUUUCUCUAACUUGUUGUUUUUAAAAAAAGGUGGAGGGAAAUAUUAUACAAAAUAAUAAAAGUAUUCAGCACUUUGUUGAAGCACCUUUUGGCAGCGAUUACAGCCUCGAGUCUUCUUGGGUAUGACACUACAAGCUUGGCACACCUGUAUUUGGGGAGUUUCUCCCAUUCUUCUCUGCAGAUCCUCUCAAGCUCUGUCAGGUUGGAUGGGGAGCGUCGCUGCACAGCUAUUUUCAGGUCUCUCCAGAGAUGUUCGAUCGGGUUCAAGUCCGACCUCUGGCAGGCCACUCAUGGACAUUCAGAGACUUGUCCCGAAGCCACUCCUGCGUUGUCUUGGCUGUGUGCCUUGGGUCAUUGUCCUGUUGGUGGGUGAACCUUGGUCCUGAGCGCUCUGGAGCAGGUUUUCAUCAAGGAUCUCUCUGUACUUGGUUCACCUUUCCCUCGAUCCUGACUAGUCUCCCAGUCCCUGCCUCUGAAAAACAUCCCCACAGCAUGAUGCUGCCACCAACAUGCUUCAUCGUAGGGAUGGUGCCACGUUUCUUCCUGACAUGACGCUUGGCAUUCAGGCCAAAGAGUUCAAUCUUGGUUUCAUCAGACCAGAGAAUCUUGUUUCUCAUGGUCUGAGAGUCCUUUAGGUGCCUUUUGGCAAACUCCAAGCGGGCUGUUGUGUGCCUUUUACUGAGGAGUGGCUUCCGUCUGGCCACUCUACCAUAAAGGCCUGAUUGGUGGAGUGCUGCAGAGAUGGUUGUCCUUCUGGAAGGUUCUCCCAUCUCCACAGAGGAACUCUGGAGCUCUGUCAGUGACCAUCGGGUUCUUGGUCACCUCCCUGACGAAGGCCCUUCUCCCCCGAUUGCUCAGUUUGGCCGGGCGGCCAGCUCUAUGGUUCCAAACUUCUUCCAUUUAAGAAUGAUGGAGGCCAUUGUGUUCUUGGGGACCUUCAAUGCAGCAAACAUUUUUAGGUACCCUUCCCCACAUCUCUGCCUCGACACAAUCCUGUCUCGGAGCUCUACGGACAAUUCCUUCGACCUCAUGGCUUGGUUUAUACUCUGACAUAUACUGUCAACUGUGGGACCUUAUAUAGACAGGUGUGUGCCUUUCCAAAUCAUGUCCAAUCAAUUGGAUUUACCACAGGUGGACUCCAAGUUGUAGAAACAUCUCAAGGAUGAUUAACAGAAACAGGAUGCACCUGAGCUCAAUUUCGAGUCUCAUAGCAAAGGGUUUGAAUACUUAUGUAAAUAUGGUAUUUCUGUUUAAAAAAUUUUAAUACAUUUGCAAACAUUUCUACAAACGAGUUUUCGCUUUGUCAUUAUGGGUUAUUGUGUGUAGAUUGAGGAAAACAAAUAAUUUAAUCAAUUUUAGAAUAAGGCUCCAAUGUAACAACAUUUGGAAAAAGUCAAGGGGUCUGAAUACUUUCCAAAUGCAUUGUAUUAUAUUAUUUUAUAACAAAUGCGCUUUCUCCCAUGUUGGAUAGUGGUCGCUGACCGCUGUUCUGAAACGCAUCAGUGCGCUGUUGAAGUGGCGCCUUUUCCUAAACCAUGUUGCUAUUUGCAUAAUAGCAUAGUUAAUCAGCAUGUUGGUGUUGACAACAAUGCGGCGGAGGCAGCAGCAGUUAGGAGACGAGAAAACAGCCCUUGCCUUAAUUGUCUAAGAAAAUUGAAGAGAGAGGAAACCCCAACUUAAUUAGGUCUAUAAUCAAUAGCCUAACUGUUAAUGUGCCUGGCUUUAUAAAUCAUCCAUCUCAAUUAUAACUACAGAAAUAAGACAUCCUGCUUCUGUUGCCUGUUUGAGUGUUUUUUUAAUAGCCUACUGAUUCCGUGAGCACCAAGCCUCACGCAAUAAUGCUGUUUUUAAUCUUUGCUUUACUUUUUGUUAGACCAGCCUCUCUGAUAUUAUUUAUAAUUGGAACAGUGUAAACACUAAAUCAAAUAGUCAGAAAUUAUAUUUAUUAUAAUAAUAAAAAUAACCCUCUUUUUUCCAUGCGCUCCUUCUUAUUGUUAUUAUUAUUAUGAUCAUCAUUAUAAUAACUAAUUUCAUUUAUCAUUAGUAGGCUUAGUAUAGCAGCCUUGUAUAACCAACAUCGAGCAGUAGGCCUAAGAUUGCAUACUGUUUAGUCUUAAUACCGUAACUUACUUAGGCCUAUAUUUCAAUACUUACAGUUGAAGUCGGAAGUUUACAUACACUUAGGUUGGAGUCAUUAAAACUUGUUUUUCAACCACUCCACAAAUUUCUUGUUAACAAACUAUAGUUUUGGCAAGUCGGUUAGGACAUCUACUUUGUGCAUGACACAAGUAAUCUUUCCAACAAUUGUUUACAGACAGAUUAUUUCACUUAUAAUUCACUGUAUCACAAUUCCAGUGGGUCAGAGGAUUACAUACACUAAGUUGACGGUGCCUUUAAACAGCUUGGAAAAUUCCAGAAAAUUAUGUCAUGGCUUUAGAAGCUUCUGAUAGGCUAAUUGACAUCAUUUUAGUCAAUUGUAGACCUCCACAAGUCUGGUUCAUCCUUGGGAGCAAUUUCCAAACGCCUGAAGGUACCACGUUCAUCUGUACAAACAAUAAUAUGCAAGUAUAAACACCAUGGGACCACGCUGAGGAAGGAGACUCAUUCUGUCUCCUAGAGAUGAACGUACUUUGGUGCCAAAAGUGCAAAUCAAACCCAGAACAACAGCAAAGGACCUUGUGAAGAUGCUGGAGGAAACAGGUACAAAAGUAUCUAUAUCCACAGUAAUACGAGUCCUAUAUCGACAUAACCUGAAAGGCUGCUCAGGAAGGAAGAAGCCACUGCUAAAAAAAGCCAGACUACGGUUUGCAACUGCACAUGGGGACAAAGAUUGUACUUUUUGGAGAAAUGUCCUCUGGUCUGAUUUAAACAAAAAUAGAACGGUUUGCCCAUAAUGACCAUCGUAAUGUUUGGAGGAAAAAGGGGGUUGCUUGCAAGCCGAAGAACACCAUCCCAACCGUGAAGCACGGGGGUGGCAUCAUCAUACUGUGGGGGUGCUUUGCUGCAGGAGGGACUGGUGCACUUCACAAAAUAGAUGGCAUCAUGAGGAAGGAAAAUUAUGUGGAUAUAUUGAAGCAACAUCUCAAGACAUCAGUCAGGAAGUUAACGCUUGGUCGCAAAUGGGUCUUCCAAAUGGACAAUGACCCCAAGCAUACUUCCAAAGUUGUGCCAAAAUGGCUUAAGGACAACAAAGUCAAGGUAUUGGUGUGGCCAUCACAAAUCCCUGACCUCAAUCCUAUAGAAAAUGUGUGGGCAGAACUGAAAAAGUGUGUGCGAGCAAGGAGGCCUACAAACCUGACUCAGUUACACCAACUCUGUGAGGAGGAUUGGCCAAAAUUCACCCAUCUUAUUGUGGGAAGCUUGUGGAAGGCUACCCGAAACAUUUGACCCAAGUUAAACUAUUUAAAGGUAAUGCUACCAAAUACUAAUUGAAUGUAUGCAAACUUCUGACCCACUGGGAAUGUGAUGAAAGAAAUAAAAGCUGAAAUAGAUCAUUCUCUCUACUAUUAUUCUGACAUUUCACAUUCUUAAAAUAAAGUGGUGAUCCUAACUGACCUAAAACAGGGCAUUUUUACUAAGAUGAAAUGUCAGGAAUUGUGAAAACUGAGUUUAAAUGUAUUUGGCUAAGGUGUAUGUAAACUUCCGACUUCAACUCUAUAUAGGCUACUGUAUCAAUCAAUAAUGUUUUCGUUCAUGUCAUCACACAGCGUACGAGUCAUUCAUGAUGUGAAAUGCAAUCAAGUAUUUGUUUUAAAAUAAAAUAGCAAAGCGACCAUUGAAUAAUUGGUGUAAACAAUAAAUAGGCAGAAACCGUUCCAUUUAGGAAAUUGCAUUCACGACUGAAUGCGACUGUUUUUGGUGUUUGCUAUAAUAAAGGCUUUCCAAACUUUUUUACAACAGACUCUCUGGUGCACUUACCAUUUAUUUCAUGUUGUUUACAUUGUUUCAAACGGUCAGAAACAGCACCUGUUUGGCACACAUAAUAUGCAUGCAGUGCUUGCUCCAUACCUUAUUUUUGUUAAUCUCCAGUAUUUUCCAAAACUAGUCAAAUUUAUUCUACUGAGUUCCCCUUUACCUCCUGAGCAACCAGCAAACAUUCCCCCGUUUCGAGUUUCACGCCCUCUGCAUCCAUUUUGCUGUCACAAAAUGGUGUUCAGAGUUUGUUAUAACCAAUGUAUUGAUGUGAUACUGAUGGGCUAUAGGUCAGGCCCUAUUUGUCACGUGCAUGUUACGCAUACAUGUCACGUGAAGAGAGCAAGGGUUGAGGGAAUAGGGAAUGUUUUUCCUAAACAAAUUAGGGAUUUCGGUAACUCAACUUUUCAGUCAAAUAGCAGUAAUUAUGUUGCAGCUUCAACAACACAGACAGCGCGAUACACACUGUUGAUGUUCUGUAGUAGUCGCUGCAGCAGGGAGGAGAUCGAGACCGGGUGCUAGUCACACAGUCACUAGCUGUCUUUUUUUUUUUAUACAGUGUAGCAAGUCUGAGUCAGGCCCGGCACAAUCAAAUCAAUUGCGGUCAGAAUCCCGCUAGUCAUUUGUGUCUUUUAAUUAUUUCAUCAAACAGUUUGCUUAAAGCAUCAGACAAGCGCAGUGCAUAUAGUUGAUUUGAUUAAAACACACAGGAUGUGUCUAUAUAUGGGAAAAUACACGUUUAAAAAUGUUGACCAAUCGAUUGGUCGAAAGAACAGAUAACUCUUGGUCGACCAAUAUUUUUUUGGGUUCAGGGACAGCCCUAAACCUAAAACACAAGGCCAAAUACAGUAUACACUAGAGUUGCUUACUAAGACUAAUGUUAGUUUUGAAUUAAAUCGGCUUGAAAAUCUAUGGCAAUUCUUGAAAAUGGCUGUCUAUCAAUGAUCAAAACCAACUUGUACAGUCCAGUUGUGCAAAGCUCUAAGACUUACAGCGGUAAUCGCUGCCCGAAAAAACCUUCAAUUAAAAUAAUGAUUAUGCCAUUAUACAAUAGUCUAGUAGCCUAUCGCAUGUUACACAAUAACAUAAAAAAUAUAAACAUGGAUAUAAGAUGUCUUUGGCACAUAAUUGGUCUAGCCUAUACAAAAAAUUAACAAAUUCUAGUAAUCGCAUUUGAUUGUGGCCUGUAAUGUUAUGCAUACUGGGUGGACUGGUUAUUUUAUGCUACGCUCUAAACUUUCUAUCCAUGAAUCUGGGAGAGAACAUAUAGGCCUAGGCGAUGCUGUUGGUUCAUUGAUUGUGCAGGGCGGCUUACAGAGUUGGCCUACAAUGAUAGUGAAUUUGUAUUUGAUUAUGAGCAUAUUAAUAGGGAAUGUUUUAUAUUUUCAUAAUUAAUAGGCUGACACAUUUACCUUUUAGCUACAGAAUAUCUCACCACUGUGCGUUUCCAUCUCCCCUCUCUCCUUCAUUCCUUUCUCGAGCGUGCAUAGAAGAGGGGCUGUCAACAGUUUAAUGAAAUGUGUUUCUUUGUGAAAACAUGUUACUAUCGAUGUUUCUGAACAUAUUUCACUUGGUUACCAGGCAUGAUUGAAAUACUAACUGAAGGAAAGCGGCCUCCAUUCGCUAUUCGAGUGCAUAAGGAUGUAUUUUUGCCCCUGCCCCUGUUCCUGCCCAUUUGAUAAUGUGCCAUUCUAAAUCAAAACUAAUUUUACAUAUUAGUAAAGACAAUUGAGAAUAGUCUGAUGGGUGAAAAUAUGAUCAGUUGAGUAGAGAACAGCGUGUGCAACCUGAGGCAAGUAACAGAGGGCAAGCUUUUUUUGUGACUUUCUCAAAUCAUCAAUAGCCUAUAGUCACAUAAUUUACAUUUAAGUAAUUUAGCAGACGCUCUUAUCCAGAGCGACUUACAAAUUGGUGCAUUCAACUUAGGAUAGCCAGUGGGACAACCACUCUUUUUUUUUAUGGGGGUGGGGGUGGGGUAGAUGGAUUACUGUUAUACUAUUCCAGGUAUUCCUUAAAGAGGUAGGGUUUCAAGUGUCUCCGGAAGGUGGUCAGUGACUCUGCUGUCCUGGCGUCAUGGGGGAGCUUGUUCCACCAUUGGGGUGCCAGAGCAGCGAAUAGCAUUGACUGGGCUAAGCGGGACCUCUGCUUCCGUAGAGGUAGGGGGGCUAACAGGUCAGAGGUGGAUGAACGUAGUGCCCUCGUUUGGGUGUAGGGUCUGAUCAGAGCCUGAAGGUAAGGAGGUGUCGUUCCCCUCACAGCUCCGUAGGCAAGCACCAUGGUUUUGUAGUAGAUGCGAGCUUCAACUGGAAGCCAGUGGAGUGUGCGGAGGAGCGGGGUGACAUGAGGGAAGGUUGAACAUCAGACAGGCUGCAGCGUUCUGGAUAAGUUGAAGGGGUUUAAUGGCACAGGCAGGGAGCCCAGCCAACAGCGAGUUGCAGUAAUCCAGAGUGCCUGGAUUAGGACCUGUGCCGCUUUCUGUGUAAGGUAGGGUCGUACUCUGCGAAUGUUGUAGAGCAUGAACCUGCAGGAUCGGGUCACUACUUUGAUGUUAGCAGAGAACGACAGGGUGUUGUCCAGGGUCACGCCAAGGUUCUUUGCACUCUGGGAGGAGGACACAAUGGAGCAUCAUGAAGCCCAUAUGUUUUGAUUUCUAAGACAUUCUAAGGUUUGUAUCAUUCACAACUAAAGUUGCCAAAUAACUCUAAAUCUAGCGUAUAGGACCUGUUUCAAAUGAUCACUUUUACACUCAGCAUAGCCACUUUAUAUGCACACUCACACUCACUCUGGAGUGGGAUAAAUAUCCAUUCUAUUUUAUUCAGCUAAGUUCAAUUAUAUUUUACUUACUAUAAAAUCAUAUAAUAUAAAAUAAUGGCACUCAAAUUCUGUUCUACUGAAAUAUAUUUUAUUCAUAUCAUAAUGUUUCUUUAGACAUGUCUAAAAUAAAUAAUGGAUUUAUUGUGAUGGUGUGUAUUAAAUCGUUUUAUUAGACUUUUUUUCAAUAUAGAUGUUCCAAAGGCGGCAUCAGUGGCUUGUUUGCGUGGAGGCCUGGAGAUGCUAAAUGUUUUUAUGUUAAUUAACGGUCAAUUACCGUGAGACCGGCAGUCAUUUGUAUGACAAUAACCGGCUGUCAAAAUGUCAUGACCGCCACAGUCCUGCUUGAGAUGUGUAUAACUAAAACGUUUAUGUAGAUCAAACAUUGAGGUCAAAAACGAAUGUUGUGUAUUUCCCCACUCCCAGGUUGGGCUUGACUACACCAACCCCUACCUCAGCCCCUUCAGAGAGUUCCAGCGCUGGAAGCACCACCCCUUCGUUUCCAAGACCCUGGAGGGAGGGAACAGAAUCGCCUACGGAGCCAGGGCUCUCAACGAGGGAGGCUAUCAGGUGUGUGUGUCAUUAUGUGUAUAUUAUUUAUGAAUUACUCAAAAGUGUGUGAGUGUGUGGCUCUGUGCAUGCUUCAGUGACAAUAGCUGUUUCCAUGAACUUUUUUUGUUGUUGUCGAUAUUUAGAAAGUUUGCAUAGAAAAAAGAUGUGACAAUUGCCUGCUACGGUGCAUUUCCAUUGGACUGUCUUGUGUCAAUAAAAACAACUGGACUUAAUUAUGUAACACGUAAUGACGUCACACCCCAAACAUUUUAAAUCAAUCUAGUGUUGCAUCAAAAUGAAGUGCUUGAAAUGUUUCCAUUAUUCAUUUAGGCAAAUUGACAGCCUGUAUGCCCUCCUACCUAUCUGUUUCAUGUCUCAGGUAUAUCCCCCAAAAGCCAGCAUGGAUAGAAUGCAAGAAUUGACUAAUAUCCUCCAUAUUCUAAUAAAUAUCAUGUGCCAACUUGCAUUCCUGUAGAUCUGAAAUAAUUGGAUGGUGAAACUUUCCAGCCAACCAGAAAAGCAAGGUGAAGCAAUUCAGGCAUUCUUGAAAAUCAGGACAAUCCGUAUCCUACAAAUAAACACUAUUUUUAUAUUUGAAAAAAUUGAUUUUAACAAGCAGUAGCAUUUACAAUUAAAUGUGGAGUGGAGCUUUAUAGUUACGUGAUGACAUCACAUGCCACACGUACCUUCAGAAUUAUUAAUCAGACAUCCAUUUAUUUUUAAAAAACAGUUUCCAUCAGUUGUCGCAAUAAAGAACGUUUGACAAAAUAAAAAUUCAUCCCUGUCGAACAUAUGAAAAUGUUGAUUUUUACAACGUUUCUCCUAUAGCUGCCAAAAUGUUUUUUUUUUGUGACAUUGCUUUUGUCUAAUAAACCUGGGUCAAUGGAAACCUGGCUACUGUGUGUCUUGGCAGCAAAAAUGGGAAAUGCAUCAAUCUUAUGUCAGGUUUUCAACUGGUUCUGAGGUUCUUAUUCAGUGAAAGCAUUUGAGCAUUACAACCUUCAAGAUUACAAUCUUUACCUGUCUGUUCCUCCAUCCAGUGCCUACCUAAAGUGACAUUCCCUGGGGGGAUGCUUAUCGGAUGCAGUCCGGGCUUCAUGAACGUACCAAAGAUUAAAGGCACCCACACGGCCAUGAAGAGCGGCAUGCUGGCCGCAGAGGCCAUCUUCCCCAAAGUCACAGCCGAGGACCUAGCAUCUGAAACGGCAGGUAACCUAUCUGCCGGGGGGGUGACACUUUUGGGGGUCUUGGUGCAAAACGGAGAACACCAUUGUGAGAGUCUCAUCUUUCCAUAGAGAGGUCAUUAUUUUUUAGGCCAAACCAUUCGGACGCUACAGACGUUUUUGUGAGAAGACCAAUUUUCAGGAUGUCUCCUGGUCUGACAAACACCACUGUAACUCUGCCACCUUCCACCUCAGAUGUGGAAGGCCCUCAUUAGCGGAUGUGGUGGAUUAAGACGCAGCCCAUACAAAAAAAAACAUCUCUAGCUUAAACAGACAGAUUUUGAUGGGGAUUUUUUUAUUAUGUUAAUUACAUUGACGCACAGGGACUCUUAAGGAUUAAGCCAGACUAAAACCCUUUCCUUUGAUUAAAUGCUCCCUCUCUCUCACACACACACACACACACCUCAUUACUUUUGAGGUGAAGCCUAAGGCACAUUACUACACUAUAAAAUAUGCACUUAAUAUACUAUUAAAGAGUGUAAUUUGUUGAAAGACUCUUAUUACUAAUGCCAAUAGGAGAAAAUUGAUGUUAAUUGCUUCUGUACAGUGUCAUUUUUGUAUGUACAUGAAUGGAAUUUUUACUCAAAGUUAAUGAGCAGUUUAAUUUGUGGGUGAUAUUCUAACAUCUUCUGCUUUACAAUUAGACUUAUUAUUAUUAUUAUCUGAUGUCCUCCAGGACUUCAUGUACCUGAAUAUGAGGACAAUUUGAAGAAGUCUUGGAUCUGGAAAGAGUUGUAUGCAGUGAGGAACAUCAGGCCCUCGUUCCACAACUACUUUGGACUGUAUGGGGGCAUGGUCUACACCGGUGUCUUCUAUUGGAUACUCAGAGGGAAGGAGCCAUGGACACUGAAACAUGCAGGUACAAAUAAUGAGGUUGUUUUGUAUGAUACAUUCAUCAGAUGGUUAUAUAUCAACUCUUUAAAUGUGAGCAAAAGUAGUGCCCUCUCCUGGAUGCUAGUCUUUCUCUUUAAGCAAAGUUGUUAUUGGACAAGGCAACAACAAAAUCAUGCUCUCAGGCUGAGUGACUUGCUUCAGGGAACAAACCAAGGUUGUUUUAUCUGGCCUGCCCUGUAACCAACUGAGGUUUGAUAACUUCCAACACUUUUACCCUAGGCUUGGACUCGGACCAGCUGAAACCGGCUAAGGAGUGCACGCCCAUCGAGUACCCCAAGCCCGACGGCAAGCUGAGCUUCGACCUGCUCUCCUCAGUGGCUCUGAGUGGCACCAACCACGAGGGGGACCAGCCCCCCCACCUCACCCUGAAGGACGACAGCGUCCCUGUGGCCAACAACCUGGCCAUCUACGACGGGCCCGAGCAGCGCUUCUGUCCAGCAGGUACCACUGAUGCACAAUUACACAUCCAUCCUUCGUUCAUACACCAUAGGAACAUCACUUACAUCUUAAAAGGUUGGAUAUGUAUGAGCAAUAUGUUAAGGGUUGUAUUCCAGGUUGUCUUCUAUUGGAGUAGUGCUUUGCCUCUCUGAAGAUUUCUGUGUAAUAUUACUGUGGUGCCUCCAGGCGUUGUGAGAUACACUAAAAGUAUGUGGACACCCCCUUCAAAUUACUGGGUUCAGAAAUUUCAGUCACACCCGUUGCUGAUGAGUGUAUACAAUCGAGCACACAGCCAUGCAAUCUACAUAGACAAACAUUGGCAGAAGAAUGGCCUUACUGAAGAGCUCAGUGACCAUGCGCAAUGCCAAGCGUUGGCUGGAGUGGUGGAAAGCUAUGCCCAUGAUUUUGGAAUGAGAUGUUUAACGAGCAGGUGUCCACAUGCCUUUGGCCAGGUAGUGUAUGAUAAUCUGUGUAGCACGACUGCAAUGAGGACGACCUGGAACGUGCCCAAAAACUCCAAGUAGGAUGUAUGGGGCUAGGCCAGGGGUCUCUUUGGAAUUGGAUAUUACCAAAGAUUGUCUAUUAUAUUGACAAGAUAGACAUGUGACCCCUCUAACAAUGGAAAUACAUGUCCUCAAAGAUGGAAGGCAGGCGGGAGGAGGCUAGAUCAGGUGGGACCAUUCUAGCCAAUCAGAGGGCUAGAACGCGUGUGAAUAACAUGCCAUAGAGAUGGAGGACUCAUCUUUGUAUCUGUGCCAUUAUAGCAUCUGUGGCAGCAUUGUAGUCAAUUUUCUUCUUCUUCAUUGGCUGCUCCCAACUCAUAGGAAUCCCCACCCAGUUGACUACUUUAAAAUGGUGGAAGCCCUAUAUGUCAAUGUCCAUGCUAAAAAGGGUUAUAUCCAUGAUGAGUCCUCAAUCUAUCUCUAUGACAACAGGCACAACUCCGAUAUAAAGUAGUUUUUUUUGUUUCAAAGUUGCCGAAAUGCUAUGUGCAUCCACUUAUAUCAGUGCAUUCGUUACAACGUCAACAUUACGAAACUUCUAUUUAUUACGAAACUUCUAUUUGAUCAAAUACGUAGCAUUUGACACGUAGCAAAUUAGCAAUACAUUCUUUGUUGAUCAAAUUCGUCACUCAUUGACCUCGAUACAAAAAUGCCUCACUUGGUGGGCUUAUUUUCCUGGACAAAUUUCAAACCUCUCGCUUCGCCUCUUCCUCUCUGAUAUUACUGUCCACUGAAAGACCUGACCCUCUAUCAAUAAAGUAAACCCAAGCACAGUGCACACCAUUGAUGCUUCCAAGUGCUGUCAUUGCCUGCACAACCAGCAUGACUCAAGAAAUUCAUAUUGUUCGGCACAGCCAGGUCUCAAUAAUAAUAAUAAUAAUAAUAUGCCAUUUAGCAGACGCUUUUAUCCAAAGCGACUUACAGUCAUGCGUGCAUACAUUUUUUUUUUUUUUUUGUGUAUGUUUUUUUCAAUAAAUUAUCAAAGAGUUAUCUAUCUGUGAAAUGAACAUCAAACCCAAUACAGCUAUAGAGGCAGAGCUGUAAUAAAUACAAUAUGAUUGAUUUGAUAUGCAGACGCUGUUAGAAAUCAGUCUUCUCCAGAUGUCUGGCCUAAAUUACUGACCCAGAACCUGGGAUUUAUAUUUGUGCAUCUCUUUCAUGGUUUUCCCAUCCAUACAGAAUGGAACUAUUGCACAAUUUUUAGUACCACCCAUUUAAAUAGUACCACCCAUUAAAUACGCUGAACAAAAAUAUAAACGCAACAUGUAAAGUGUUGGUCCCAUGUUUCAUGAUCUGAAAUAAAAGAUCCCUGAAAUGUUUCAUACGCACAAAAAGCUUAUUUCUCUCAAAUGUUGUGCACAUUUGUUUACAUACAUUUUACAUUUUAGUCAUUUAGCAGACGCUCUUAUCCAGAGCGACUUACAGGAGCAAUUAGGGUUAAGUGACUUGCUUAAGGGCACAUCGACAGAUUUUUCACCUAGUCGGCUCGGGGAUUAGAACCAGCGACCUUUCGGUUACUGGCACAACGCUCUUACCCACUAAGCUACCUGCCGCCCUACAUCCCUAUUAGUGAGCAUUUCUCGUUUGCCAAGAUAAUCCAUCCCCCUGACAGGUGUGGCAUAUCAAGAAGCUGAUUAAACAACAUAUAAUUACACAGGUGCACCUUGUGCUGGGGACAAUAAAAGGCUACUCUAAAAUGUGCAGUUUGGUCACACAACACAAUGCCACAGAUGUCUCAAGUUUUGAGGGAGCGUGCAAUUUGCAUGCUGACUGCAGGAAUGUCCACCAGAGCUAUUUCCAGAGAAUUUAAUAUUCAUUUCUCCACCAUACGCUGCCUCCCACUUAGUUUUAGAGAAUUUGGCAGUAUGUCCAACCGGCCUUACAACGCAGACCACGUGUAAGCACUCCAGCCCAGGGCCUCCACAUCAGGUUUCCUUCACCUGCAGGAUGGUCUGAGACCAGCCACCCGGACAGCAGAUUAAACUGUGGGUUUGCACAAGCGAAGAAUUUCUGCACAAACUGUCAGAAACUGUCUCAGGGAAGUUAAUCAGCUUGCUCGUUGUAGUCACCAGGAUCUUGACCUGACUGCAGUUUGGCGUCGUUACCGACUUUAGUGGGGAAAUGUUCACAUUCGAUGGCCACUGGCACGCUGAAGAAGUGUGCUCUUCACAGAUGAAUCCCGCUUUCAACUGUACCAGGCAGAUGGCAGACGUGUGUGCAAGCGGUUUGCUGAUGUCAAUGUUGUGAACAGAGUGCCCCGUGGUGGUGGGAUUAUGGUGUGGGCAGGCAUAAGCUACAGACAACAAACACAAUUGCAUUUUAUCUAUGUCAAUUUGAAAGCACAGAGAUCUUGUGAUGAGAUCCUAGGCCCAUUGUCGUGCUAUUCAUCUGCCGCUUUCACCUCAUGUUUCAACAUGAUAAUGCACGUCCCCAUGUCGCAAGGAUCUGUACACAAUUCCUGGAAGCUGAAAAUGUCCCAGUUCUUCCAUGGCCUGCACACUCACCAGACAUUUCACCCAUUGAGCAUGUUUGGGAUGCUCUGGAUCAACGAGUACGACAGUGUGUUCCAGUUCCUACCAAUAUCCAGCAACUUCGCACAGCCACAGUCAACAGCCUGAUCAACUCUAUGCGAAAGAGAUGUCACGCUGCAUGAGGCAAAUGGUGGUCACUAGAUACUGACUGAUUUUCUGAUCUUAAUUUUUUUAAGUUAUCUGUGACCAACAGAUGCAUAUCUGUAUUCCCAGUCAUGUGAAAUCCAUAGUUUAGGGCCUAAUGAUUUUAUUUCAAUUGACUGAUUUCCUUAUAUGAAUUAUAACUCUGUAAAAUCUUUGAAAUUGUUGCAUGUUGCGUUUAUUUUUGUUCUGUGUAGUACCACCCAUUUACACUGAACAAAAUUGAACAUAUCUGGGAUCUUUUAUUUCAGCUCAUGAAACCAACACUUUACAUGUUGCAUUUAUAUUUUUGUUCAUUGUAAAUAGUACCACCAUUUAAAUUUCAUUUAGUUACCUAAUGGAUAAUGAGUAGUGACACACAUAUUGACUGUCUGGGAGGGCUGCACUGCACACACCUGUCGUGAUUCUGGCAGCAUAGCUAUCAUUUCUCACAUCCGUAUUAACCUAUGUAGGAUCAGUGUGGGUUCGUUUCCCACGGGGGGCCAGUAUGGAAAAAAAAGAAUAUGUCUGCAUUCACUAACUGUCAGUCGCUCUGGAUAAGAGUGUCUGCUAAAUGACUUAAAUGUAAAAUGAGAGUAAGUAGUGGCCUCUUCGCAAACCCAGGUUUCUUGAGAACAAUCAAAUAUGAGUCACCACAAGAGUAGACUUACAGUAAGGUGUUAGGGUAUUCAUCGAUUUGUCUUACUUGCUUAAUGACUCUCUUCUUUCCCCCGUUCACUAGGUGUAUAUGAGUACGUUCCCCUCGAAACUGGAGAAGGUAUGAGGUUGCAGAUCAACGCUCAGAACUGCGUCCACUGCAAGACGUGCGACAUCAAGGACCCCAGCCAGAACAUCAACUGGGUGGUGCCCGAAGGCAGCGGAGGACCAGCCUACAAUGGAAUGUGAUUUCCCUUCCUUUUUAUUCAGACAUAUCAUGAGGCACCAAUUGUAGCAGUGAGGUCAGAGGGUGGAAACCUCAAGGGAGGUGUCUGCAAAAAAACAUUCAGGGCUUGCUGCCAAGACAGCUUUUAGAAUCUACUAUGCUGUGUGCCUAGAUAUGGAACUGAAUGUCACCAUAUUCUUUCAAUACGGGCAUUGUAAAGUGGUAUUAAACAUAAGUGGCUUUGGUAAAUGUACGGUUUUUGAAUAAUGCAACUAAAAAGUAUUUUAUAUAUCAUAAGCAGAAGAAGCUGUAUUGACACGGAUAGAAAUCUCUUCAAAAUAGACAACCUUAACCCACACUUGAAUCAGUGCCUAAAU